AUGGGAGCAUACCGAGGAAGAGAUGAAGAGAGCACUCGCCUCAUUAACUGUGAAAAGAUGCGAUAUAAAUUUGUCGAAUGGAUUAUGACGCUCCUCGAACUUUGCAAUCAGAUGCUUAUCAUUGGGACAACCCAUAUCGGCGAAUUCCUUGGAGUUUCAAUGACAGGACCAGAAGAUGAAGAAGUGAAUGUUCUAUGUAGACCGUCAGACGUGCGCCGCGAAGCUUAG